UAUUUGAUUCACAGUUUACUAGCUUGGGUUAAACUUGAUGUUAUAUUUGUUUAUAAAAAAUUGUUAAUCUUGUUUGUGUAAUCAAAUGAAGACAUCAAACAACAUGUGGAAAGCCAUCAUACUCAUUGGGGGACCUGAAAAGGGAACAAGGUUUCGACCAUUAUCACUGGAUGUGCCAAAACCUUUAUUUCCAGUUGCUGGUUUUCCUAUGGUUCAACAUCAUAUUGAAGCUUGUUGCCAGGUUCCUGAAAUCAAGGAAAUUCUAUUAAUUGGAUUCUUUCCAUUAUCAGAUGAGUUAAAAAGUUUUCUGGAAUAUGCAAAGAAACAGUUUACUCCAUCAAUCAGAUAUUUGCAAGAAUAUACAUCCCUUGGCACAGCUGGGGGUUUGUAUCAUUUCCGCGACCAGAUUGGUGCUGGGAACCCAUCCGCGUUUCUUGUUUUUAACGCAGACGUUUGUUGUAAUUUUCCACUUCAAGAGAUUCUUAGUUUCCACAAAUCAAAGACAACAGAUGAUGGAAUCACUAUUGUUGCAACUGAAGCAACCCAGCAAGAAUCAAUGAGUUAUGGCUGUGUAGUUGAGGACGCAGCAACUGGUGAAGCAACACAUUAUGUGGAAAAACCAGAGACAUUUGUUAGCUCGCUCAUCAACUGUGGGGUGUAUGCUUUUUCACCUAAAGUUUUGCAAUACAUGGAGAAUGUUUUCAAAGAGCAUCAAUCAGAGAGAUUUGACAGUGGUGAUGAUAAUGCAGAUCAAAGUUUCUCAGAAAGAAUUUCACUCGAAAAAGAAAUUUUAAAUCCAUAUGCUGGCUCUGGAAAGAUGUUUGUUUACAAAACUAAAGAAGUAUGGGGUCAAAUCAAGUCUGCUGCGUCUGCCAUUCAUGCAAACAAGUUGUAUCUUUCACUUUAUCACAAAACCAACCCUGAAAGACUUGCGCAAAACUCCCACAAGCAAUCUCCCACUAUCAUUGGUGAUGUUUUUAUUCACCCCAAUGCUGAGGUUCACAGCUCAGCAGUGAUUGGUCCCAAUGUAACUAUAGAUGAUCGAGUGGUCGUAGGACCGGGUGUUCGGGUCUCCAACUCCAUCCUUUUACCUGGUGCUGUGCUUAAGAACCACAGUUGUGUGCUGAAUGCCAUCAUAGGUUGGCAGUCCAUAGUUGGCGACUGGUCCAGAGUAGAAGGAACCGCCCACCAACCUGAUCCUAAUGCUCCUUUCUCAAAGAUCAUCAGUGAUGGAUUGUUUAAUGAAGAUGGUAGAUUGUGUCCGUCUAUCACUGUAUUAGGUCGACAGGUAUUCAUAGCACCAGAGAUCAUUAUUUUAAACAGCAUUGUUCUACCGAAUAAAACUAUCCAAUCAAGUUCAAAGAACCUGAUCAUAUUAUAACCUAUUCUCUACAAUGUGGGUGAGGUUCAAAUCUGCUUUUUGCACUUCAAUCUUUGGAAUCCCUGUUUCAGAAAUGUUCCUCAAAGAAAUCUGACAUAUUUGUGCCAAAUAAUAAACUAUGGCAUUCUAUUACUAUCGUAGGAUAAUAAGAUCUUCAAUGAAUUGUAAAAUGCUUUUUAUGUAACUGCUGUGUGUUUCUUCUUUGUAAAGUUGUAGUACCUAUAUAUAAUCAUUUAUUUAUGUUCUGUGCACCUGGUAUUUACAAAAAAAGUCGUGCCUGUUAGGUCAAUUGUGCACUAACACAUAGGCUACAUUAACACAUUGAAGUACUAACAUUAGAAUUAAAAAUCACAAGAUAAUGGAGAGGUUGUUCGCCUCAUCACUGUAAAAGAGAGCUUUUGCAUUCCUAUGCUUCCAAAACUUGUUUCAUUCUUUUUCUUUAACGUUCUGGUGUCGGCAAAAUGAAUGCUGCAGUGCAUUUCGCAAGCUGCGUUUUCCACCUUUUGUCUUCAAGCAAUUACCUGUACCUGUCUUCAUUACCGGUGAGCUGUGUAUUAUUAGAGCAAAUAUAUUUUAUUAUGCUGUUGUUUAUUUGCAUACUUGGAUUAAAAGUAGAAAUAAAAUAAUAUUUGAAACAC